AUGCAAACUCCUGGGAGCCCAGUGCGCGGGGCGAUUCGGCAGCAGGGACGCAACAGGUCGUCUAGAGGCCGCUGGCCGCGCAUGUUUGCGCAGGAUCACAAGGAUCUUGGAAGGGCGCCAUCCCGCAGAUGCUGGCCGCAAGUUGUGAGCAACUUGCUCGAUCUGACCUGCUCGGCAGCCGAGCAGUGCCCGAUGGAGAAAAAAAAAGAUCUGAGCGCCGUCGUAUCAACUUCCUCUCAAUCCGUGGACCUGGCUGUCGACAGAGGAUGCAGCACCUUCCUCGAGGUGGACGUCUCCUUCACAGAGCUCCUCGCGAGGAACUCGACCGCUGGGGAGAUUAAGCUCGAUGGCGAAAGGCUGGUCAAGUGGGAUGUCGUGUCGGAGACGUCGGGCACCGCGACCACCUUGGACAUGGACGUCUGGGGUCCGGAUGGCCAGCUUCUUACCAUCGACGCCUCGCCGACCGAGGACGCCUCAGCCGGCUCGGAGAUGCUCCUCGGGGGCGCCGCGGCGCGGAUGGAGAGCGGGCAGACUCCCGAGGUCACCGGCGGCGUCCAGCUCGAGACGGUCGACGCGGCUGGGGACCGGGCGACCUUCCAGUUCCAGGCUCCCACCUCCGAUCUGUCGACGCCCUUCUUCCAGCCCGGCGCGGGCGUGGAUUUCACGGCGGCCAGCGGGGCGCGCCUGCUCACCGACUGGGACGCCUCCGUUGAGGCGCAGAUCUGGGACCCGAGCGACACCGACGCGGGAGUGAUGAUGACCAUGUCGGUGACGGGCAGCAGUUCUGGGGGCCUUUUUCACAUUCGGGAUGGCGAUGGAGGAAAGCGAAGGCAAACUGUUGAUGAAUUGGUCUAUGGUGGGAACGAGCAGUUCUGA